AUGUUUCGUGCUGUGUCAGUUGGCUGGAAGAAAUACUGGUGGGGAAAUGGAGUGGUACCAGAUAGAACGAACCGUAUUGAAGACAUUUACUUACGAUUCUACAAUGGAAAAACUUGGGAAGAAUAUGUGGACGUACCAUUGGAGCAAGCAGAACGAAUCAUGGACAGCAAGGGCUUCGAAAAAAAUAACCGAACAGUGUUGUACAUGCAUGGUUUCAUCGAGACAGCUCAACAAGAGAGUAUACAAGUCAUGGUUAGCGCCUACUUAGAAACGAGGCCAGACACAAACAUUAUUCUCAUUGAUUGGUCGAACAUGGCCCACGGUUCCUACUUGGUGAAUGCAGCCAGAAAUACCAAAAAGGUGGGAGCAGCCGCCGCCGCCCAGGUAAAUAGGCUAAUAGAAGCUGGAUUAUCCAUGGACAGAUUACAUUUGAUAGGACACUCUCUCGGCAGCCAUGUAGCUGGCUAUCUGGCGAGGGAAUUGAAGAAUAAAUACGGAAAAACAGUAAAAAGAGUGACAGCUCUAGAUCCAGCGUUCCCAGCAUUCUAUCCAGACGGAAUAGUAAUGGAGCACAUAUCAGACAAAGAUGCUGAAUUCGUUGACGUGAUACAUACAGAUUCAGGAGUAUACGGAGCCCCAGUGCGGACUGGGUCUGUUGACUUCUGGCCCAACGGUGGGAAAGGUAUUCAGCCUGGGUGCCCACGAUUUGCUCCAGUACCUCUAUCAGAAGAUAAUUUAUGCAGUCACUGGCGUUCGUGGCGUUUUUAUGCUGAAUCUGUUAGAAAUCCGGAAGCGUUUCCUGCCUCACCUGCGGAUUCCUACCACAAGUUCAGAGAAAACCCAUCACCCGAAGUGGGAAUGGUGUAUAUGGGAGUUAACUGUGAUACAAGUGCCCGAGGAUCCUUCUACCUUACGACAAAUUCUCAAUCACCUUUCGGAAAAGGAAUGGACGGUAUCCAUCAUAAGAAAAAUAGUAAAAACAAAAAACGAUAA